AUGUCUGACAGAAGUAAAAAUGGCAAUCGUCGAACCGCCAACGUUCGAUCUGUAGGCUACACAGAUUUGUUUGUACUUAACAAAAACGACUUAUGGAAUGCUCUUAGGGAGUACCCUGAUGCCAGAAAACUAUUACUUGCGAAGGGGAGAGAGCUGCUGAAAAAGGACAAUCUAUUGGAUGAAAAUGCCCCUGAAGAGCAACAAACCGUUGAAGAGUUAGCUGAGCUGCUCAACAAUUCGGUGAAAGUUCUGCAGACAAGGAUGGCACGUUUAAUAGCAGAGCACACGAGUACCGAAACAAAACUCAACGCUCGAAUCGAAUUUCUGGAGAAGCAGCUGCACAGGUAUAAGACGAUGGUAAGGAAACAGAAAAGUCUUCAAGUGCAAUCAAUGAGUCAGGACGAUGGUUGA